GCAACAACAGCUAGCAGCAACACUUUGCAGUUGAGCCACCUAGAGUCGGUGGUGCAGCUGCUGGACUUGGAGCUCACAGCCGCACCACCCAUAAACAAAGGACAUGACGGCUUAAAGUUCACCAAAAAAAAGCAACUGCAGCAGCAACAUUUUUACACAACAACCACACCGACCACAACCACAAUUGAAACCGAUGAAAAGCGACAACCGACAACCACCAGUCGCACCACCGUUGAGGGCAGUCCAUCAUCGGUGCUUGUACCAGUGCCCAAUGGUUAUUUGGGACCCAUAUUUAUGGGUGAAAAAAUAUUUAGUGUGGUGCAUCCGCUAAAGAAGCCACAGCCACUGAGCCACCAGCAACAGCAGCAGCACCACCAACAAUCGCUGGAUUCCAUUGAGUCGCAGCUGCGUGAGGGUCGCAUUGUGGAGAUACUUGCGCCGACCGCUUUGCUUGAAUCGAGUAGCACCACCAGCACCACCCAAACAACAACCACAACCAGUAAACCACAAUCGGUGCUCUCGACAACGGUGUUUCAGGUGCCAGAGCCACUUGGAACGAGCACCACUCGCUUGCCACUGGCCGCCGCGGAGAUAAGUGUGGCUGCACCACCGCGCACCGAAUCAAAGAUCUCCGACAUACAGAUCGAGGUGUAUGACUCCACGGUUGACUCGAUUGUGGCCUCGACUAAUUUCCGUGAUAAUCAGGGCUAUUAUCCGUUGCCCUUGGAGCCGGCCUUGGGCACCGCAAGACCACCGAGCUCGCCGGUGGUUCAGGAGCGGUUCACUCAAUAUGUGAUCGAUCGCGCCGAUGUGUCCACGCAGCCAGCGGAUGCUGGUGUCGGUAAACCAGAGCCGGCUGCCAUUGAGAUUCAUAUAAAUGUGUCCGAGGCGUUUGGCAAUGAGAGCGAAGAUCUGGAAUUCUCGUACCGUCAACCAGCGAGUGGUGAUAGCACACCGAGCAAGGUCAACGAUGAGAUCCUUGUGGUGGAGAUCAUCGACAGCAGUGCGGCGGACAAUAGCACCGAGAACAUCUCCGCCAGCAUCAGUUCGGAGCGCCUGAAUCUAAAUCCAAUUCAAUUCAAUUAUCCAUAUCGCUCGGAUGAUCCGGCAGCACAACCACCGGCGGUACGGCCACCACAAGCACAGGAUGCAGACGACUUGUUCAUGCCGGAUCGAAGUGGUGCACUGCCACGCCCACCGCAUCCACCGCCGCCGCCGCCUAUGCCGCGCAAGCCGAGCAUCGAUCGCGACUCGGACACGAUUUUCUACAUUUCCAACACGGAGGUCAAGGUGGGUGAGUCGCUGCCCACUGCGAGCAGUGGUGGCGCCACCGAGCAGCAGCGCAAGCAACAGCUGGAGAAUCAGUUCUUUCCGGCCAGCUACGUCAUGGAGCAGCAACACAGCUCCUCGGUCACACCUCGCUACGAGGAGGACAUUAUACUGUCGCCGCUACACAACACCGCAGACGCCUUGAAGAUCCUCCGGAGUCCCAGCGGUGUCAGCGGUGGAGACGGUGCACCACCGUUGGACGUCACCUAUGUGGGUGAAUCGGUCAUUGAGGUGGAACAGCAAGCCUUACCCCUUAGCGGUAGCCCUACAUUGUCGCCACUGAUGUCGGUUAGCUCCUCGCAGCCGGACAUUGUCAUACAGCCGGCGGUGUUGCCGGAUUUGGCAAUUGGAGUGCCUGUGAUUGGUGAGCUACCACCGCAGAUCGAGCUCAAGGAGAUCGACUAUAUGCCCGGCGAGCUGGUGGGUCAGAGCCAGGGCAUCUACGAGAACGACAUUGAGAGCAACAGUCUGGGCAUGGGCAACGAUCCCGAUGUCAUCGAGAGCUCCAUUCAGUAUGGUGGCGAUUUGAUCGAUGAUGGUGCCGGUGGUGGCUUCGAUGGCGUCGAGGGAUCCUAUCCCUUUGACAGUCUAGCGCAUCGCCUGCAACAGCAACACCAACCACUCGGACAUCGCUUCAGUCAUCUGCAUCGGGAGCAGCAACCGGUUGCGGAACUCCUAAAUGCCACGUUGCAGCAACACAAUGAAUCCGUUUCCGAUUUGGGUGUAGGAGGAGCAUCUGCCAUGGCGCCACUGCAGCAUGGUGGCAAUCAGCUGUUGGAACUGAAGGGUGUGUCAGUCUACUCCUCAAAGUCGGACAAUCCAUUGGCAGACUAUUUCAAUCUUAUUGCGGUCUCCGUCGGUCUCAUCAUUGUCAUUCUGGCCGCUGGACUGCUGACGUCCAUGUACUGUGCCGUACGCUAUUUCUUGAACAAAAAUGCGACUUCGAGUCCCGCUGGCGAUGACAGUGAACAGGGACAGGGACAGGACUCCAAGCAUGAGGACAUUUCGAGAAAUGCACGGGAGACGAGAAUGCAUACAGACAAAGAUGGCGUCUUUGUGGUGGAAGUGGCACGUGGCAUUGACUCGAAGCAAGCACCCGAUAGCCCCGCCGCCGGUGUCGACACCACCGAGCUGCCCUUUGAUACGAAUACAAAGCAGACAGCUGCCGCUGUCGUGGAUCGAGCGUUGCCACCCAGUCACGAACAGGUGCAGAUUCAUGCACCACCUAGCGAUUUCGCUGGAGCUGCAACUACAGCAACAGCAACAGCAACAACAACAACAACUGGUCUGCAUCUCAUUGAGGAGGAACCAUUGGCCGACGAGGAACUGCUGCCGGAGGAGUGCUUGCCCUUGCGACCACAGGCUGCCACAGGGCUAUCCCAGUCGGAUCUCAGCUCCACAUCCUCCAGUGACUCGAACAAACGUUAUUCCUAUGGCAACCAGGAGCUAUAUGUCUUUGAUCAGCCCGGCUAUGUGACCAAUGCACCCACGGUGCUCAGCAUUCCGUUAAUUGCCAGCGAGGAAAUCGCUGAGCAGGUGCAGGAACUUCCACAGCAACAGAAAUUGGAGAAACUGUUGGAAAAGCAGCCGGACAAACAGCUGCAGCAGUCGGAGAAGCAGGUGACGCAGCAAAAGCAGCUAGAAACUCAGCAGGAGUUCGAGAAACAGCAGAAGGAGCAGCAUAUUCAGCAGCAGUCACCAAAACAGUCGGUAAACCAGCUGAAGGAGACGUCAGUGCCCGACAAGGAGACAGAAUUAAAGAUGGAAAAGGAGGCUAAGAUCGCAGUCACUAACGAAGUCACUGACGAAGUCACUAGCGCAGUCACUAGCGAAGUCACUAACGAAGUCACUAACGAAGUCACUAGCGAAGUCACUAACGAAGUCACUAACGAAGUCACUAGCGAAGUCACUAACGAAGUCACUAACGAAGUCACUAACGAAGUCAUUAACGAAGUCACUAGCGAAGUCACUAACAAACAGAACAAAGACGAAACUAAAAGCGAGACUAAAGAAGAAGCUCAACAGAAGCCUGAGGCUAUUCCCGAGGUGAAAGUAGCUGAGACUGAGAAAACAGAUGAGAAGCAAUCCCAAGAGAAAUCACUGGAGCAGGAGCAGAAGCAGAAAGAGGAGCAGGAGCAAUCGGGGCAGCAGAACAUGAAACUGGAGCAAGUCAGCGAGGAAGCGCUGCCAAAUGUGGAGCCAGAAAAUAGCUAUGACAGUCUGAUGAGCCUGCCGGCACCACCCUCCACCGAGGAGAUCAAGGAGCUAAGCGAUUUCACGCUAAUGGAAUCAAAUCAAUUGGAUUCAUUGCCACCACCACCGCCACCACCGCCACCACCACCGACCGACAAUGGUCACAGCCACAACGACAAAGAAAUGCAAAUGGAAGAGUUAAAGGAGCAACCACAAACAGAGACCAUACACAGCAAUGCCAAUGGAAAGUUGGCAACCACUGCAACCACAACAACAACAACAGCAGCAGCUAAUGGAGUUGGCGGUGCUGAGGAGCCUUCAACAUUGACACCACCCGCAUCACCGCCAGCAUCGCCAACAGCUGCAGCUUCUCUAUGUGGUGGCAGCUUAAGCAACGGCAUUCACUCUGUGGCAGUGCCAAUGGCAGUCGAUGUGAAUGGCAGUUAA